AUUUUAUAUACUUUUGUUAUAUUCUUUAAUUUUUCUUGCCGUUAAUAUAAUUGCAAUACUGUUAAAACUUUAAAAAAGAAAAGUACAGUUUUUAUUUUUAAGCAACUUACAAUUGUUAUGUACACACUUAAAAUAAAUGUAUGAAGUGUAAUUUUAACUAGAAUUUAGUAAUAAUUUAUAAAAUGAGUGACAAAAAAGCGAUUUUUUUUAAUUCUAAACGUCCCAAGAAAGAAAAUGAUAGAUUUUUUAUAAAUGGUCUUAGUAAGGUUUCUGAAAAUCAAUCAAAUGAAGAUAUAAACAACUUAUUAAAGUUAUAUUACACUAUUGAUGAAGUGAAAAUUGAUAUCACAUUUGCUAUAAAGAUAAAUGCAGUUAUUGAAAAGCACAUUUCAAAGUUAAUCAAACAAGCAGAUAUUUUUUUUAAAAUGUCUAAUAAAAAUAAUUGUUCAGUAGAAUCAAUUUAUUCUGGAAUGGCUGGAAUUGCUUUACUAUUCAAAUUUUAUGCUUCAAAAACCAAUAACAAACAUAAAACUUUUGAGCAAUCUAAACAAAUUAUUGAAAAAUGUUUGAAAAUAUUGGAUUCUACUUCAAAGCGUAUUACAUAUUUGACUGGAAAAUCAGGUGUUUAUGUUACAGCUGCUUCUAUAUAUUUGGAAAGCAAUGAUCAUGCUAAUAUGAAACUUAUGAUUGAUGAAAUUGUAGGUAUGUUACCUCUUGCACUGGAUCCUAAAACUUCUGAUGAAAUAUUGUAUGGACGUGCUGGAUAUUUAUAUUCAUUAAUGGUUCUUAAAAAUUUAGGUUGGAAUGACGUAAAUAGUGAUGAUAUAAUACGUCAAGUAGUGUCAGCAAUAUUAGAUUCUGGUAUGAGUCUUUGUUCUAAAGAAAACAUUAAAACAACACCAAUUAUGUAUGAAUGGCAUGAAAAAAAAUAUUUUGGAGCGGCACAUGGUCUUUUAGGAAUCUUGCACUGUUUAUUAUUAAUGAAAAAUUACCUUACUCAAAAGGAACUAUAUGAUUUAAUUAAGCCUGCAUUAGAUUAUUUACUGACUUUACAAUUCAAAUCUGGUAAUUUGCCAUCAUCAUUGAAUAAUGAUAAAGACCGUUUAGUUCAAUGGUGCCAUGGUGCUGCAGGGGCUACUCAAACAUUUUUAUUAGCCUAUGAAAUUUUGAAAGAUACUAAAUAUUUAAUUGCUGCAGAACAAUUUGGAGAUGUUAUUUGGGAACGAGGUUUGUUAAUUAAAGGAUAUGGAUUAUGCCAUGGCCUAAGUGGUAACACUUAUGCAUUCAUAUCUUUAUUUAAAGUAACUAAAAAAUUUAAACAUUUAUACAGAGCUGCUAAAUUUAUCGAUUGGUGUUUAACAAAUGAUUCUAAAAUAAAGGAACUUAAUCGAUCGUUCUCUAUGUUUGAAGGUAUUGCUGGUAAUGUAUACACUCUUCUUGAUGUCCAAAACCCAUUACAGGCUAAUUUUCCAGGAUAUUGAAUUCUUUCGUUUUAUUUACUCUUAAAUGUAUAAGGUUAUUUAUAAUUUAUAAUCAUUGUAUUUUAUUUUGUUAUAACAUUGAACUUAUUAAAUGUGAAGUUAAAAUUUUUUUGUUUUUAAUUAAUAUUUUAGAUAUAAAAUAAGUAUUUAACAUUUAUUGGUUUUUAUGAAAUACUGAAAAAGUAUUAAUUUUACAAUAAUGUGUACUACCAAAUGUUUUUUUUAGAAAAAACUGGAAAAAUCAAAAAUUAAUAGGGGUAAUAUUAUACACUAUUAUCUUUCUAUUAGUAUAUAUUUUUUUUUUUGCAAAAUUCAAAAAUAACUUAGGUACAAAGAGGGUUUAAACAUAAUAAAAAAUAUAAGCCAUUAUUUUAUUUAUUUUAAAAAAAAAUUAGUACAAUCUGUUCUUUAAAUCUAUGUCAAAUUAAAAAUUUUAUAAUAUUUAUAAUUUAUUUAUAAUAAAAAAUAAAAAUUUAUUUUACUGUUAAAUUUUUUUUUUUUUUUAAGGCUUAUUUUACAAGUGUAUUUUGAGAAAUUAGACUUAUUACUUGUUAAAAAAGUUAUGGGAUUGAUGUACACAUCAAUGUAUUGUAAACUAAUGGUUUCUCUUUGCUCACAGGGCACUCGAUACACAACAAAUAUAUUUUUUGUAAUACUUUGUGUUUUUCCCUAACCGCUUGUUUAUCAUAUGUACGUAUAUUUGUCUAUAAUUUUGUGUGUAAGUGUACAGGUAGAGUAGAUUUUUAAGCAUACUUUUUGUAUAUAUUUCCAUAUUAAUUUGUAAAAAUGUUGUUACCUUAUUUUAUAAUUUGUUAUUACUUUAAAAUAUAAUUUUUGAUUAUAUUUUUUUAAUUUGUAAAAAUUAUUUUUACAAAUAUAUCUAUUUUUUUUCAUA